UAAAAAACAGGAAGCAUAAGGAAAAUCAGAAGAGGAUGCUGAAAAGAACGAGUAGUGGAGGUCACUGGAUGAACGGCAUGGCUCGCAGCAUCUCCUACAUAACUGGUUCUCAGCUUCUCUCUGUCAGACGCCAACCAAAUAUUGCCAUUAUUGAUGUCAGAGACGACGAGCGGAGUUAUGAUGGCCACAUCGCUGGGUCUCUUCAUUUCGCUAGCGACUCUUUCUCGGAAAACAUCUCGAAUCUCAUUCGGCAAGUCAAUGGCAAAGACACCCUUGUCUUCCACUGCGCUCUGAGUCAGGUUCGUGGCCCAACUUGUGCUCGAAGGUUAGCCAAUUAUCUUGAGGACUUCAAAGAAGAUACUGGAAUAAAGAACAUAAUGGUCCUGGAGCGGGGCUUCAAUGGAUGGGAAUCUUCGGGAAGGCCUGUCUGUCGCUGCAGUGAUGUUCGUUGCAAGGGCGAGGGUGCUUGAUGGAAGGCUUGUUUUAAGGUCGGGAUCCAAGCAUGAUGUCUUGCUUCUAGUACGUGCUCCCGUUUACGUUCACAGAGGAAUAAUAUGAUUACAUUAUCGUCACUUUAUUAUGGAAGUCAUGUAUGUUUGUGAGAUAUCUGUUGCUCGAGAUAUCAUGGCAUACAAAUGAGGCAAAGAAUUUAAAAGCCAUUCCCUUUCUUUCUCAA